AUUUCUGAAACAAUAAAAAUGAAGAAUUAUCUGAUACUGAAAAAAUUUUGUGAAAAAAUUUAUUUGGUCGGCUCAGGGAAUUUUUGGUACGAAAAAGGCGUUAUAGGAGACGAUUCUAAUGUUUUAUAUAAAUUGUACACUUACGGUGUAUUUAUUAUUUACGGGUUUAUGACUUUAUUGGAAAUAUUAGCUGCUCUAAUUGGCGACUUUCCUGAGGACGAGAAAAGGGAUUCGAUAACUUUCGCUGUGAGCCAUACGGUUGUUAUGAUAAAAAUGUUCUCAGUAAUAUCUAAGAAGAAGUUGGUGAAAAACUUGAUUCGUGAUCUUAUAAAAGUUUGCGAGUUACAUGAAGAGGACUCUUUGAUGGUGGAGAAAUACAAGAUAAUGAAGAUAAACGUGAUUGCUUACAUCAUUACUGUUUAUGGUUCAGCUGCUUGUUUUAUAUUUGAAGGCUUGCGAAAGAUGCUCGAUGGCUCGCAUUUUGUGACCGUUGUAACAUAUUACCCAUCAUACGGCGACGAUUCGCUCGCAGCUGCAGUAGCUCGCAUAUCAACAACCAUUGUUCUAUUACUUAUGCUACUAACCAUGAUAAUAAACGUAGACGGCUUUGCAAUAGCCAAUUUGAUAAUAUUCAAAUACAAAUUUAUUACGCUAAGGGAUUAUUUUGAAAAACUGCGACAAGAUUUCGAUAAGCUCCUCGAAAUUGGCAAUCAGAGGUUGGCAGCGGAGAAGUUGACGCAAGGACUUAUUGAAGGCAUCAUUAUGCAUAAAGAAUUAAUAAGGAUAUAUAAGGAAAUCGACAAAGCAUUUGGGACAGUUUUAGCUUUCCAGCUAUGCCAAAGUUCAGGAUCUGCUGUUUCACUUCUACUGCAAAUAGCUCUUUCAGAUGAGUUAACGUUUGUCGCAAGAAUGAAGAUAUUAUUUUUUGUACUCGCUCUAUUUUUCUUACUGGGAGUUUUUCUUUGCAACGCUGGAGAUAUCACUUAUCAGGCAUCAUUACUCUCGGAUUCAAUAUUUUAUUGCGGUUGGAAUUUAUGCAACUAUUCAAGCGGAGGCCGUCAAAUAGGAAAGCUAGUGUUGCAAGCAAUUGCGCAGGCGCAGCGACCUAUUGUCAUGAAAGCUUUUAAGAUGCUCCAGCUUACCUACGGAACCUUCCUCCUGGUGGUGCGGGGGACAUAUUCAGUUUUCGCAUUAUUUUACGCUCAGCACUAAUAAUAAUAAUAAUAAUAGAUAAUUUCUGCUGAUUUAUUGCAAUAAGUCAAUAAUGGAAUUUGUAUAGAUAUAUUCUAAACACGUACUGGUAGUAACGCAGGGCACGCAGCAAGUCUAGUAUAAAUACAUUAUUACUGAUACAUCGACAAACCUACCGGCUUAGUAUGUUUUAUUCCUGUAUCACACGCGAAUACAGACUGACUUAUAAUAGUAGGUAUAUAACAAUUUAUUUAUUUUGCUAUCAUCCGCGAAAAGCUGACGAAAGCAAUUGCACGUUGUAGAGUCAACAUCUCCGGAUGCUCCGGUUUCAGGGUGAAACUUACGUAGAGAAUAUUUUGUCGGACCUGGGUGACGUUGUCGCAUGGGUUCAUCGGCUUUUCGCGGAUGAUAGCAAAAUAAAUAAAUUGUUAUAUAUUCAUUACGAACUUCCGCAAAGUAACGCCUGCUUCUAUCCAAUAACUUAUAAUAAAGUAAAUAGACCAACGGCUCGAGAUUUUAUUAGGAGUGGGUUUAUGUAGCCUAACGUGGAUCGGAACGCACUUGCCUAGAAGAUGUCUAAGAAUUUUCAAUACUUUUAAAAUAGCAUAUACAGUUAGCAUUAAAUAGCUUGUAGUAGUUAUAUAUUGGGUUAUAGAAUUUGAAUAGUGUCUGGGAUACUUAGAUAAAAGGUAAACAAAUACAAAAUAAAUUUAGAAUAUAUUUAUUUUUAUCCCAUCCCUGUGUAAUCCCUCGUAACAAAGAUAUUGUAUUAUAGUUUGUUGCGUUAUGUACCUACGUAAUGUGUAGAACACAGACCAUUAGAACUGAAGCUAUAAAAUCUUACAAAUGAUGAAUAUUUAGAUAAAAGAUAAACAAAAAGAAAUAGAUUUGAAGUACUAUUUUUUUAGUAUCGCUUUGUUUAUUCGUAACAUAAGUUCCAUAGGUACAGAUUGGUGAAGAUUACGAAUCUUCUUUUGCGUCGGGGAAUAAAAACUUUCUGCCAUAAAAGUAUAUGAGUUCGUCCCAAUACUGCGUCUAUGACUUCCAAUCUCUUUGUAGCGUGUCCCAAAAGCCGACCCUACCCGAGGAAUUACUUUUUCUCCUCUCACUCAGUAAAUUGAAUUUAAAUGAGAAACGUGGAUACACUUUCUAAAAUUACACACGUUUCAGUUUUCCAUGUUAUAAUUAUUAAAUGCUUGCGAAUUUAUUUGCUCAGAUACUAUAUUAAUUUUAAAUGAAAUUAUAUUACAAACUAAAAUUAUUAUUUAUAAUUUCUUCUUGAGAGUUCUAUGGGUGUGUUCCAUUUUUUGUUAUCUUUCAUUUCGUUGACAGUGUAAAAAUUAAUUAACUUUUUUAUUAUAUAGCGGGUAAAUUAAUAAAAAAAAACAUAAAAAUAAAAAAAAAAACCCUUAAAAAUAUCACGUGAGUUUUAGCCGUGUUUCAUAAUCAAUUAAUAUGAAUAACACUCAGGAUAGUUUAAAUUCUAAAAAAAACCAUAAAAAACGUAAUAAUUACAUCUAAAGGCUGAAGUACUCGUACUUUAAGAUAUGUAUGGGUUUGCAUAAGUUACAUUGAGAUCCAAUUAUCUAGAGAUCUACCAUAAUUAAUUGAAUAUUAAUAUCUCCUCAUAUCUUAUCUAAGAUAUAUCUAUAUUAAUAUUAUAUAGAGGUAAAGUUUGUGGUAUUGUAGGGGAUAAUCUUUGGAUCUACUGAACCGAUUUUGAAAUUUCUUUUACCACUAUAAAGUGAGAAACGUAAUAGUCCAGUGGAUACGACCUCUGCCUCCGAACUUGGAGGGUGUGGGUUUGAAUCCGGUCCGGGACGUGCACCUCCAACUUUUCAGUUGUGUGCAUGUUAAGAAAUUAAAUAUCACGUGUCUCAAACGGUGAAGGAAAACAUCGUGAGGAAACCUGCAUACCAGAGAAUUUUCUCAAUUCUCUGCGUGUGUGAAGUCUGCCAACCCGCAUUGGGCCAGCGUGGUAGACUAUCGGCCUAACCUCUUUCAUUCUGAGAGGAGACUCGAGCUCAGCAGUGAGCCGAAUAUGGGUUGAUAAUGAUGAUGACUAGAAAGUCAUGUUAUUUGUGUAAUAAGCUUUAUUUUAUCCCCUUGUUCUCACGGGAUUAGGAAAACACCGGGGCUUUAGCUAGUAUAGUGUGUUAUAUUCAGAAUGUAAUGUCACGCUAAUACGUUGUUAGUAGAGGAAGUGCGGAAAGUGCUGUGUAAAUGUUUGCCGGAAUAAUGAUGCCACGACAAAGGUUAGAACUUUAACAACGUUGUACUUGAAAUCUAAUUGAGUAAAAUUGUUAUUAAUGUUUACUUUUAGUA